AUGGCAAAGGACAAGACGGCGGCGCUGGAACACGCGAAGAAGGGAGCGACGAAGGGGAAGGGGAAGAAGACCAGUAGGAGCGGGUCGUCGUCGAGAUCUGGCUUGCCGCGCGGCUGGGUUCAGGGCGACUGGAUCCAGUCCACCAUCGAGCUGGAUGAUCUGCGGGAUCUGGCCAAGAGUGGGCUGAUCGAGCAUGGUUCCUGGAGGCUCCCGGGGGACAAAACUGAGCCACAGCCCGAGGAGGGCGAAUGCGUCUUGCUUGCCACCCACGUCGACCGCGAUGACGACGAGGAUGUGCCGCUGAGGCCUAUGGGAAGGAGAAGCAGGAAGACACCAACUGGCAAGGCGCCUCAGUCGACGUCGGUGACGGAACCGAAAUCCUGCGAACUUGGAGCUCGUUUUGCUGACCUGGAGCAGAAGCAGAUUCAGCUCAAUCUCGAUCUGGAGCUAGCCAAGACAAACUUGAAGAAGGCCAAGGAUGAAGCCGUUGAAACAAUGAACCAAGCUCUGGCGCAGAAGGAUCUGGACCUUGCAGCCGCGCAGAAAGCAGCCGAAGAGAAAACUGCACUUGCCGAUCAGAAGCUGGCUUCAAGAUGUCCAGUUGUCCACACCACACAUGCACGCAGAACACCUGCGAAAGAAAAACUUGCACGCAGCACACCUGCGACCACGCGUCCAUGCCGCGAGAUGAUAACGAACUCGGGAGAUAUUCAUGGAUCUGGGAGCGAUCGUGAAAUCUUGUCCACGCAGCGCAGUUCCUAUUCCACCUCUUCUCCAAUGGAGGCUGCUGCGGGUGUGAGCGCCGGCAGUGAUGGCGGGAGGCGCCCGCUGCGGGUGUUCUUCCUGCCCUUCUUCGCGCGGGGGCACCUCAUCCCGAUGACCGACCUGGCGUGCCGCAUGGCCGCGGCGCGGCCGGCGGAGGUGGAGGCCACGAUGGUGGUGACGCCGGCCAACGCGACGCUGAUCGCCACCACGGUCACGCGCGCCGUGGACGCGGGGCACGCGGUGCGCCUGCUCCGCUACCCGUUCCCGGACGUCGGCCUCGAGAGCGGGGUGGAGUGCCUCGGCACCGUCGCCCAACACGACGCCUGGCGGGUGUUCCGCGCCGUCGACCUUUCGCAGCCGAUUCACGAGAAGCUGCUCCUGGAGCACCGCCCCGACGCCGUUGUCGCCGAUGUGCCCUUCUGGUGGGUCACGGACAUCGCCGCCAAGAUCGGCGUCCCGCGCCUCACGUUCCACCCCGUCGGCAUCUUCGCUCAACUCGCCAUGAACAACCUCUACGCCAUCCGCUCGGACAUAAUCCGGGACGGCGUUGCCGCCCCGUCAGUCAUCGUGCCGGGGAUGCCAGGGAAGGAGAUCGCCAUCCCGCCGUCGGAGCUCCCGGAGUUCCUCCUCCAGGACGCCGUUCUUUCUAUGGAGUGGGACAACAUCAAGGCGGCCCAGCUCGCCGGCUUCGGAGUGAUCGUGAACACCUUCGCCGACCUCGAAAAACCGUACUGCGACGAGUACAGACGCGUCGACGCGCGCCGCGCCUACUUCGUCGGCCCCGUCAGCCUGCCGUUGGACUCCGCCGUGCACCGGGGCGGCGAUGGCAACGUGGACUGUCUAGAGUGGCUAUCGACCAAGCCGAGCCGAUCGGUGGUGUACGCCUGCUUCGGGAGCUGGGCUUGCUUCUCAACGCGCCAGAUCCGCGAGCUCGCGCUGGGGCUGGAGGCCUCGAACAAGCCAUUCCUGUGGGUGGUCCGCUCCGAGGACUCCGACGGCCUGUGGGCGCCGGAGGGAUGGGAGCAGCGCGUUGCCGACCGCGGCAUGGUCGUCCGAGGGUGGGCACCGCAGCUGGCGGUGCUGGCCCACCCAUCGGUGGGCGCGUUCCUGACGCACUGCGGGUGGAACUCGGUGCUGGAGGCUGCGUCGGCAGGCUUGCCGGUGCUGACGUGGCCGCUGGUGUUCGAGCAGUUCAUCAACGAGCGGCUGGUCACCGAGGUGGCGACGUUCGGCGCGCGCUUGUGGGACGGCGGCAAGCGCAACGUGAGAGUGGAGGACGCGGACACCGUGCCAGCAGAGGCGAUCGGUCGGGCGGUGGCCGGGUUCAUGGAGGGCGGAGAGCGGUGGGAGAAGAUGAGGGCAAGAGCAUGGGAGCUGGCUGAGAGGGCGCGUGCCGCGGUCAGCGAGAAUGGGUCGUCGUGGCGCGAUUUACACCGCGUGAUCGACGAUCUGACUGAGGCUAAUGCCUCGAGGGUUCACAGCAACGGGGACUCAUAGCCUCACGCUCAGUGUAAUUUAGUUUCAUGAUGAGGAUUUGUUUUUGUUUUCUUUCACUAGGAAAAGUGCCUGUUGUAAGGGGAGAAAAUUAUAUUAAAGGGAAUAGGUGUUCCUAGUCCGAAUUUGCUAUUUUAUAUUAGAUGUGAAAUAGUUAACUCA